AUGCCCAAGGUGGACUAUACCGAGGAUGGUUUCCGCUACCAUUCGCUCGACAUCGAGAACAAAGUACAGUUUGAGGCGGUUUCAGACCUUAUAGCCGACCAUCUUUCCGAACCGUACUCCAUCUACGUCUACUGGUACUUUUUCCACCAGUGGCCCCAGUACUGCUUCUUGCUCAGUCCCGAAGGGUCCGACUCCAUCAUAGGCGUGAUCAUCACCAAAGUCGAGCCUCAUCGAGAGGUGCGCAUGCGUGGAUAUAUUGGCAUGUUGGUGAUAGAUCCUACAUUCCGAGGAAAAGGCUUGGCCAAGAAGUUGGUGCAGUUGAGCAUGAGGAAAAUGGUGGAGUGGGACAAUGUGGACGAGAUCAUGUUGGAAACAGAGGUGUCGAACGGCGCUGCCUUGCAUUUGUACGAGCUGCUCGGAUUUAUGAGAACAAAGCGCAUGUAUCGGUACUACUUGAACACACAAGACGCCUAUCGGUUGAUUUUCCCGGUUCUGGCGAAACUGGCCACGAGGGUGGCGUUUCUUCCGUUUUUGAAUCCCGAGACGACGCACGAGGUUUUGUAG